UAAAUAAUUAAAUAAACAAAUAAAAAUAAAAUAAAUAAUGACUCAUGUGGAUAAUUGCUUUGCGGGUGCACCCCAGGAUUUUCUCAUAUGUAUCACAGUGCAUAAAGCUGCAGAGACGGGCUUGCCCAAUGGAGAGCUUUACGUGAAAAUAUGUUUAGAUAAAAUGACCAAAAAUACAAAAACCCAAACGAACACCGAAAAUCCAUUCUUUAAUGAGUAUUUUGUAUUCGAGUUCCACUGUACGCUCGCAAAGCUUUUGCGACUGACUGUACUCUUUGAGCUGAAAAGGUAUUUGAUGUACAAGAAGAAUGCAAAUAUGGGUGAGUUGAUGAUUGAUUUGCAUAGCGUAUGGAACCAGCCGAAUCACAGCUACUUCAAGCGAUGGGGGCGACUCGAGGUGCCCCUUGGGGAGCAACCCUCCAAGGAGAGAGAGCGCGAAUCAUGUGGCUAUCUCCAAAUCGACUUGGCCAUCGUCUCGCAGCACAGCGCUUUGAAGACGAUUCCAACUACGGACGAACAUGAUCAAUCGAUCAAGUGGCCAACUCAUCAUGACUUUGACGACAUUAAGAGCAAUCUCUUAGAGGACGUCGACUCAGAUACAUUGAGUAAUAUUCGUUACUUCAUCCGCUUCUAUCGAGGCAUCUUCACGAAGCGGAAUAACUACAUGAUACAAGUAUCGUUUGCUGGCUUCAAAGGUAAAACGAAUGUGGAGAAGAACACAGCGACACCCGUGUGGAAUCAGGAGAUAAGCUUUGCUUGGGUCUACCCCUCUUUGGCCCAACGAUUUCUUAUCUUGAUUAUGAUGCAGGAGCAUAUGCAAUGGAAAUGUAUAGCCGAAUAUGAGAUGAUUUUUGAUGAAAUUGCCUUUGAAGAUAAGCCCUCUUUUGGGCCAACGUAUCUGCAUCUGUAUGAUCCCAUUAUUCCUACGAACUAUGUGGGUCGUCUUUUGAUGGAGCUGCGUUCUGAAAAUCUGUCGGAAGGACAUCCCUCGCAUGUUGUGACUACACAAACGGUGCCUGGUCCAGCCCACUGGUCAGACCAGCCUUUCGUUGUGGAAUUCCUGCCCAUUCUCGGAGACCAUAUACCCAGCAGUGCGCAUCAGUAUAAAUUUGUAGUUAACCUAGCAGAGUUUGUGUCGAAUGAGCUGGAGGGCUCUCUGAAGACGCCAGCGGGCAAAUUUCGUUCGCAAAUGCAAACGAAAUCAUUUCGCCAAGAAUCGCCAUUUCAGUCUUGUAUGUUCCGUAUCAACCUGCCCGAUAAUCGCAUCAAAUUUGAAGCUGAUUUCUUUAUGAUUGAUAUAUCCAACUAUAUGCGCUCCGAGCUGGCCACCUUUAAGGUCUUUCAGCUCAAGUUUCCCAACAGCUUGCAACAACAGACCAGAUGCCUCAAGUACAUUAUCAACAGCAUCCUUUACAAGAUCGAAGAGAGCCUCGAUUUGCAUCGCUUUGACUAUGAUAUGGGUGAGCAGUGCACCACCUGGGACUUGAACAGGCAACAGUACGUGCUCACCUACUUCAGGAAGGCUCCCAAGGAAUUGCGCGCAUUGCGACAGAGACUGAAGUCGAGCUACUCACCGAAUUUGGACUCCACCAUUGUGGACAUAGUAAACGAGAUGCAUCGUCUAAUUGGGGAAAUAAAUUCGCUGUCUAAUUUGAUGCACGUGCAGGACGAUUGGCCGGAGUUAUUGCUCAGCUUAAGCGCAGGUGGCAAACAGGUUGGGGUCUGCCACCUAAACGCCAAGCACUUUCUGAAUCUGCAAAAGAGAGAGGUCAACCAGGCAAGCAAUCAUUGCUGGAAGGUGAAGAGCUUCCUCUUUAAAAGCAGCAGUUGCCCUCACACCUGCUUCAAUUGUGGCUGCAAUGCUGGCCUAGUCCUUGGCUGCAUUUCUAUAGUGCUCGACAGUGAACGGCACGAGUUUGCUUCGUGUAUUGCAGGCGAGUGGACCUCGCCCUCACCCUAUAGCUGGGUGCCGAAUGUGGGGCAUACGUUCUUCCGCUGUCACAUCUACGUGCAUCAGGCGAAGGUGCGACCCGGCAAUGAGAAUAAAGUCGAAUGCAAUGGACACGUGCGCGUUCUGUUUGCAUCGCAGGUAGUCGAAACGUAUGGAGCUAAGAGUAUCUGUUCGCCCAUUUGGGAUGCUGUGAUCACCAUCAAUGGCUUGUCCUUGCCGGGUGACAUUAGUUGGUAUCUGCAGAAUCCGCCGAUGCUAGCCUUGGAGUUCUUCAACUGUCAACACGAAACUGUGGGCAGUGGCCAAAUCGUGUCAAAUGUGAUCACUGCGGAUCAGAGCGACGAGAGCAGCCACGGCGAUGAAAGCAAGUAUUGGGGUCAGGGUGCUCUGCAGAAGUUGCAAAAGUUAAGGAAUGUCACUCCACCUCCUCUGAAGUGGAUUUCCGUGGCCAAGAAUGGAAUGGUCCAGGCUGAGCUGUUAAUGUCUGUGGAGUUGAAGCAGCUCGUUGGCGAUAAACAGGUCUUCGAUAAAGAGCCGGAGCUGACCACAGGCAUACCCCUGACUAUCAGACCCAACAUGCUUAACUACGUGCUCGAGGUUAUUUUCGUUGGACUGCGCAACUAUUCGAAAAUGGGCAUGAGCAUGGCGGGCAAACGACGUGCCAAGGUCAUCAUGGCCGAUCUGGUUUUGACUAGUGGACUGUCCACUUCGCGGGUGAAGAACAGCAUCAACUUCCUGGUCGCCUAUGCCUCCGGCGUGGUGAAUCUGCCCGAUCAACAAGAGUAUUGGCCAGCUAUAAUAGCCACAGAUGUGCUGGUCAGCACCUUCUCCAAUGAGUCUACCUUGGGCGCUGCUUUGAUACCUCCCUCGCCGAACUAUCUACAAAAGAAUCGGGUGAACAAAUGCACGCAAAAGUCAGCUGAGAGUUCCGCGGCCAAUUCCACAAUUGUUAUACAUCAGGAUGAUGACACGGAAGAGGACGAGAGGAUCAACCCAUUGGAGAGGGAAAACAUAUUCUGGAAACGUUUUAAGAUCAUUUUUGGCUUACGCUCCGCUGCCUAUGCCAACAAGAAUGCACUCAGCCUCUACGAUUGCAGGGAUUUGAACGAAGUCGUGGAUACACAGUUCACGUGGUGGACAAAGUUCUACAAUUCCAUGUGGACUGGACGCCAGGAUGGCUUGAACAAAUGCAAGCACAAGUUGAUCAUCUACAAUGGAGAACUGGAGAAGCAGCCACAAUUCAGUUUUCUCCAAGAUUGGGCUGUGCCCGUGCCGUUGGUGCAUGGCGUCAAGCUUAAGAAGCAUGCCCCACCCAAAGAGGAUGUCUAUGCCACACUGAAGCUGCAGAUUAAACUGACGCCUUGUGAGUGUGCGAAAGCUACGGAUGCUUUUGGCGAUGGGAAUAUUUUGCAUCCUUUGCCGGCUGCUCUAAGUCCACGUGAACAGAAUCUAAUCAAGUCGCUUACCGAUGUAGUCAAAAUCCUAGUCAGGGUUUACAUAGUACAGGCUCUGCAGGUGAGGCCUCGAGAUUGGUUUUCCGAUUCGGACACGUAUGUGCGCCUCACACUGGGUGGCAAAAUGGUCUCGGAUCAUGCACACUAUGUGCCCAAUCAAAGUAAUCCGGUUUUUGGACGCUUCUUCGAGCUGAGCACAACGCUGCCCGCCGAUCCCAUACUGGAGGUGGGCCUCUUCGAUCAUGACAAGCACAAAGAUGAAAUUAUUGGCUAUACACAAAUCGAUCUGGAGGAUCGUUGGCACAGCAAGCAUCGCGCCACAGUGGGCAUUCCACUGGAGUACUCACGCUUUGGCUACAACCAGUGGCGCGAUACAAUGCCGCCCUCCCAGCUGCUGGCCGACCUCUGCCUACAGCGCGGCAUUCAGCCUCCCUACUACUACGGCAAUGUGAUCGAGGUGGACGGCAUGCUCUUGGGCGAUGAGACCGUCAUUUCAAAGUCGGAGGAGCUGAAGGAGCGACUGAGCUUGACGGCCCUCCACAAUAUGGACAAGUUGCCGUCAUUUGGCUACAAACUGGUGCCGGAGCAUGUCGAAACGCGUUCCAUAUAUAACGACAAUAGUCCAGGGGUCUUACAGGGCAAAAUCCAAAUGUGGUUAGAGCUGUAUGAGGCGAGCCUGUUUCUGCCGACGCCUAUAGACGUGACACCCGUGCCGCCGUUUGACUAUGAGGUGCGUGUUGUGGUCAAAAGCUUGCGCAAUAUUCAGUUUGGGGAUACGAAUAUUUUUGGCAAAUUAAUGAGCGAUAUUUACGUGAUUGGCUGGUGCCAGGAUGCGGGCAAGUACCAGUCGACGGAUAUACAUUACCGUUCAUUUGCGGGCGAGGCUGCAUUUAAUUGGCGGAUGAUAUUCCAAAUGAAAUACUCGCCCAACGAGGACAUGAUGGUCAUAAGGCACACGGGCGGGCUGCAAGGCGAGGAAAUCGAAAUCAAGAAGCCACCAUUAAUCUAUUUUCAGGUGUGGGAUAAGGAUGUCUUAAGUCGAGAUGAAUACUUAGGCGCCCUGGAGCUCAAUUUAUCCGAUCUGCCCAUGCCCUAUAAGUCCGAGAGACGCUGCAAACCCUUUCCCAACUCCCAUCCGCGUAUCAAUCUAUUCAAUAGAACGACUGUUGAGGGCUGGUUUCCUCUUGUCGACAACCAAAAGAAGUCAAAUGCAGAAGCCGAGAAUAGGGCGGUUAUGGGCAAAGUACAGCUGCAGUUAGAUGUCUUAACUGAGGCUGAGGCCUCCAAUACACCUGCGGGCCUAGGUCAUCAGCCGCCCAUGGCGCUGGAGGCACCCAAUCGUCCCAAAACCUCGUUUAAUCCUUUGACACAUCCCUUCAAGUCCGCAAAUCUCAUUCUGUGGCCCGUCGUACGCAAAUAUGUUUACUGUGGAAUCUUCUUGAUGUGCCUUGCUCUGGGCUUGACUCUGUUUAUUUAUAAUAUGCCCACCCAACUUCUGAAAAUACCCCUCAAAUGA